AUGUUUGCUUCAAAAUCCAACUCUGUAUCCCCUUCUCCAUCCAUGGAACAGGCAGAUUCAGAUGCUCUGGACAUCAGCACCAAAGUGCAGCUCUACGGAGUGCUCUGGAAGAGACCCUUUGGGAGGCAGUCAGCCAAAUGGUCCAAGAGGUUCUUCAUCAUUAAGGAAAGUUUCCUGCUCUACUAUGCUGAGAGUGAGAAAAAGAAUUUUGAAAGCAAUAAAUACUUCAAUAUCCACCCCAAGGGUGUCAUACCUCUGGGAGGCUGCAUCGUGGAACCCAAAGAAGAACCCAGUAUGCCUUAUGCCAUGAAGAUCUCCCAUGAAGACUUUCAUGGUAACAUUGUUCUAGCAGCUGAAUCGGAGUUUGAGCAGGCUCAGUGGCUGGAGAUGCUGCAGGAGUCUGGAAAAGUGACCUGGAAGAAUGCUCAACUGGGAGAAGCAAUGAUAGAGAGCCUGGAAGCCCAAGGACUUCAGCUGGCCAAGGAGAAACAGGAGUAUUUAGACAAGCUGAUGGAAGAAACAGAAGAGCUGUGUCUGCAAAGAGAGCAAAAGGAGGAACUUGAGCGUCUAAACCAGGUACUGGAAGCUGAGAAGCACCGGUUUGAAGAGGUGGUACGGGAGCUGCGGGUGGAACAGGAACAAAUCAGACGGGAGCUAGAGCUCACAGCCCACUCCCUUAAAGGAGUGGAGGAAGAAAAGAAAGAGCUGCGAAGCCUAACACAGUCUUUACAGAAAACCCUGGAGGAGCUCUCAGUGGAAAAGCAGCGAACAUUGGAGAUGUUGGAAGAGAAUGAGAGCCAGCUCCCACCUCCAACCAGCCCCAGCAAAGAGCAAAGCCCCAACUGGGGGCUGCAUUGCAGCCUUCAACAGAUUGAAGAGAAGAUGCAGCAACUUCUGGAGGAGAAACUCCUGGCAGAAAAGAGGAUGAAGGAGAACGAGGAGCGGUCCCGAGCCCUGGAGCAGGAGCGGGAGUUUUAUUCUUCCCAGUCACAAGCACUGCAGAACUCGCUCUCAGAGCUGACUGCAGAAAAGCAGCAGACAGAGAGAGACCUCAAGGCUGAGGUGAAAGUGCGCAUGGAUCUGGAGAAGAGGCUGAGGGAAGCUGAGGAAGCACUGCAGAGCCUGGAGCAAGGCUUAAAUUCUCUGGAUCGCAACCAGGAGAAGGAGGAGAAAAUGAAAGCAGAUGUCAGCAACUUGAGAAAGUUCUUUGAAGAGUGCAUCCGCAAUGCUGAGUUGGAGGCCAAGAUGCCCGUGAUCAUGAAGAACUCUGUGUACCUCCACAAAGCCGCCACUCGACGCAUAAAGAGCUGCCGCCUCCACCGCCGGAGAGCUAGUGCUUCAUGGAAUGACUUGAAGCAGUCCCAGUCCUUCAUCUUUUCCCAGGCAGAAGCUGAUAGCAUUCAGGAGCUGAAGGAAGCAGCCAAAAGACUGAGCCAGGACCAGCACUUUCGGGAAACUCUCUAUCAAAUCAUGAGGUCGCAAAAAGAUUCUGCCUCAGGGGAUGAAAUGUGACAACUGUUGGGAGGGAGCUUCUGGUCUCAGCUUGCCAUUCAGCUCUGCAAAAGUUAAGUCAUUUGGCACUAGGGUCAGAAAGAAGAUUUGCCAUUUGGUGAGGAAAGCAGGAGAAAGUUGUGUGUAGGCAACUCCCUCAGUAGACAGUGGCUUUGCUUUAGGUCGAACUCUCCCUGUAGCCUGGCAGCUCUGCUUUGCCAUUCACUUUGGAUC